UUUUAAAAUUGCGGCUUCGUGAGUGCGUUCGGAUAGUGAGUUGACGACCAAAUCUGAAUAAUGAUACAUGCAUAAAAAACAUGCAUAGCAGAAAUAAUUACACUACAAGUAAACCAUUAAGAGAGAGAAAAAAAUGUGAAGACCGUGUUCAGUAUGCAGGCUGCGUUUUUGGCACUGUCUGAAUUUGUAUUUUGGUGAAGCACUGUGUCUUUAAAAGUGCAAGGAUGAGUGUUGUCUGUUACUCUCGAAUCAGGGCCAUGUGACUAUCUCUAGACUAUUCUAUUGGUCGAAGGCACGUGUCUAGGAUACCGGAGUGUAACGUCACUGGGGGCUCGUAUUAAAAAUAAGAACAAAAAUCCGGAGUGAAAGUAUUUCAGGAGCAGCUAGGAGCCCCACUUCUCAGAGUAGCCACUGAAGCCUCGAUAGUUGCAUUGCGCAGAAAACAAAUAGCACCAAACUGGAAAGUUACGGUUCAUCAACCUUAAACAGACAACAUUCCGUGACUGGAAGGCGUAACUAUGUUUUUCCUUUGUGACCACGGUGCGCAAAGGCUUUUUACUGUCGCUAAAACUCACUGACAGAUUUUCUUGCUCAGUUUAAAAUUUUCCUGAAGUGAACAAAGUGGACGGAGUCGCCCACAGAGUGGGGUGCGACUGCCCGAGUGCGGGAGAGCGAUAAAGGGUUAAGGACGGAAAGUGGAAAGUGUGUAUCAGCAUGGAUGAGAAUGAGCAGAGCGCAAGAGACGCGGAACAGCGAGGAGCAGCGGACGAGUCCAACAGUGCCAUACGACCCCUUCUGCAAGCUCCAGGGAACCUGCAGCUCCCGCACCGAAUCACAAACUUCUUCAUCGACAACAUCCUGCGGCCGGACUUUGGCCGUAAGAAAGAGGCGAACAUCACGCGCGAUGAGGGCAAUCACGGCGCUCGAGAGAAUCACAACCCUACGGGUCCUAGCACGGGACAGGUGGGAAGUACUGUACCAACAGAGGGAACUUCCACAACGCAUACGAGCAGCGGAGGAAAGAAGGCUGAGAUAGAGAGCGAAGAGCCCUUGAAGCCCCGCGGGGAGAAUGUGGAUCAGUGCCUGGGUUCAGAAUCGGAUAGUUCACAGAGCAAUUCAAACGGACACUCUGGUCAGCCUAUGCUGUGGCCCGCUUGGGUUUACUGCACACGCUACUCGGACAGGCCGUCAUCAGGUCCCAGAUCUCGUAAACCAAAGAAGAAAAACGCAAGUAAGGAGGACAAACGACCACGCACGGCCUUCACGGCGGAGCAGCUCCAGAGACUCAAGGCCGAGUUCCAGACCAACCGCUACCUGACCGAGCAGCGACGACAAAGUCUGGCGCAGGAACUGGGCCUCAAUGAAUCUCAGAUCAAAAUCUGGUUUCAGAAUAAGCGAGCCAAAAUCAAAAAAGCCAGCGGCACCAAGAACGGUCUGGCACUACACCUGAUGGCGCAGGGACUGUACAACCACAGCACCACGUCAAAGGAAGACAAAUCAGACAGUGACUAAGACAGAGAAA